AGGCAAUGUGGAUCCCGAGUUUAAGCGCAUGAUACAGCAUUGCCGAGCCUAUGAGAGCUGGCCAGAGGUUUGUUGUGAUUUCGUCAAGUUGAUGAAUUGAUGCAGCAGAGAGGUCGAGUAAACAACCGAAGAUCCAGGAGCUUCUCCAGAUCUAGACUUGCCAUUGAGGGUUUUUAGCUGACUACACCUCACAACACAACCGUGCUUCUCUCUCUAUUCCUUUUUCUCUGUCUUCCCAUCCAAACACUCGUUAAACUCUCUGCAUCUCUUUCUGUCUCCCUAGAAUCAGACAAUGGCUUCUUACGGGGAAGAGCGCGAGAUUCAAAAGAAGUACUGGAUGGAGCAUUCCGUGGAUUUGACUGUGGAGUCUAUGAUGCUCGACUCCAAAGCCUCUGAUCUCGACAAAGAAGAGCGACCCGAAGUACUUUCUCUGCUCCCACCGUAUGAAGGAAAAUCAGUUUUGGAGCUUGGAGCAGGUAUUGGUCGUUUCACUGGUGAGUUGGCUAAGAAGGCCGGAAGUGUUAUGGCCAUGGACUUCAUUGAGAGUGCGAUUAAGAAGAAUGAAAGCGUGAAUGGGCACUAUAAGAAUGUCAAAUUCAUGUGUGCUGACGUCACGUGCCCAGACUUGAAAAUUUCUGAUGAAUCAGUGGACAUGAUAUUCUCUAAUUGGCUUCUGAUGUAUCUCUCAGAUGAAGAGGUUGAGAAGUUGGCACAAAGGAUGCUUUCGUGGUUAAAGGUUGGUGGAUUCAUAUUCUUCAGAGAGUCUUGUUUUCAUCAAUCUGGUGACUCGAAAAGGAAACAUAAUCCAACACACUACCGUGAACCCAGAUUUUACACCAAGUUAUUUAAAGAGUGUACCAUGCCUGAUAUUUCUGGGAAUUCAUAUGAACUCUCUCUGAUUAGCUGCAAAUGCAUUGGAGCUUAUGUCAGGAACAAGAAGAAUCAGAAUCAGAUUUGCUGGAUAUGGCAAAAAGUCAAUUCGCAGAAUGAUAGAGGGUUCCAGCGGUUCUUGGAUAAUGUUCAGUACAAAUGUAGUGGCAUACUUCGCUAUGAGCAUGUAUUUGGAAAAGGCUUUGUAAGCACAGGAGGAAUUGAGACAACAAAAGAAUUUGUGGGCAAGCUGGAUCUUAAACCAGGACAGAAAGUUCUAGAUGUUGGGUGUGGCAUUGGAGGUGGUGACUUCUACAUGGCGGAGAACUUCGAUGUCCAUGUUAUUGGGAUUGAUCUCUCUGUAAAUAUGAUUUCUUUUGCUCUUGAACGUGCCAUUGGACUCAAAUGCUCUGUUGAAUUCGAGGUUGCUGAUUGCACCAAGAAAACUUACCCUGAUAACACAUUUGACGUCAUUUACAGCCGUGAUACCAUUCUGCACAUUCAAGAUAAACCAGCAUUGUUCAGAACUUUCUUUAAGUGGUUGAAGCCAGGAGGUAAAGUUCUUAUCAGUGAUUACUGCAAAAGUGCUAAAGCCCCCUCAUUAGAAUUUGAAGAGUACAUCAAACAGAGAGGAUAUGAUCUUCAUGAUGUUCAAGAGUAUGGUCAGAUGCUCAAGGAUGCUGGUUGACAAAUCAUUGCUGAAGAUCGAACUGAUCAUUUCUUACGAGUCUUACAAAGAGAAUUAGAUGCAGUGGAAAAGGACAAGGAUUCGUUCAUUAAGGAGUUUUCUGAACAAGAUUACAAUGACAUUGUCGAUGGCUGGAAAUCAAAGCUGGUCAGAAGCACCUCUGGUGAGCAGAGGUGGGGGCUAUUCAUUGCCAAGAAGAAGUAAUGUGGGAUGUUCAGUUUCAUGUGCUAUUUAUAGCUUUUGCGUUAUGGUCUGUAAUAAUUAUGGAACUAUCCCAUUGUUUUUAAACAAUAUGCUCGUAAACCUCUGGUAAUCUUUAUCUUUUCAUGACAAAGUCAAUGACUUCUAUCUCA